CAAAAAGGAAGCGGGACGUUAGUUGGUGCUUCGCUACUUUUGGGCAUGGUGGUUUUCGUGUGUUCUCAGUGCAACGCCACAUUAAAAAAGAGCAAUGUACGGAAUCAUCUACAAUUUUCUCGACGUUGUUCCUUGGUUUCGUGUGUAGACUGUCACAAAGACUUUGAUAAAUUUUCGGUGGAAUCUCACUGUUCAUGUAUUUCUGAGAAAGAGAAGUAUGACAAAGCAAACUACUUGAAGUCAUCCAAGAGCAACAAUAUUAGUAAACAAGCGGAGUGGGUCAAGAGAAUAGAAGAUGCAAUACAAAAUUGUGAGUCACAACGACACAAGUCUAUUCUUCAAAACAUCCGGGGGAAUUGCAAUGUACCUCAAAAAAAGAAAAAGUUCGAGAAUUUCAUGAGGUCCAAGUAUCGUAAAAUACCCGAGGAGACCAUUGAAGAUAUAUGGAAAUUAUUGGAGCCUCUUAAACGGGGGACAUUUAGUACUGUUCCAUCAAAACCUCAAAAAGAUUUGUCAAGUAAUCUAACAAAUGAUGAGCCGACGAUAAAGAAACGAAAACUGGAAGACACUUCUAAAACUCUCAAUAACUAUUCAUCAGAGAACGAGUGUCACUUGCUGUCAGUUCAUCAUAUACAAAAUGUUCUAGCUGAAUUAGGUGGGAAAGCACCUUUCUCAAGUUUGAGAAGACAGAUUUACAGUACGUAUAAAACCAGCGUACUUUCCCCACAGGAAUGCAUGACAAAAAAAGAGUUUAAAGCCAAAUUGUUAGGUGUCAUUCAAGACUCAGGGUACUUUAUUUUUUCACCGUCUGAUGCUAUGAUCAGCGUGGUUAGUGAUGGUUUAGUCACUAGAACAGAUCUCUGUAAGUAGUUAAUCUUUUCUAAUUGAAUUUUAGGUGUAAAUCCAGAUCCAGAUACUUCUAUAAUCACUUGUCAGAACGGUAAACCACAUUAUUCUGAAAGUAUAAAAAAGUUACUAAUCACCACAAUAAACGAUGCGGGAGGACAAAUUUCUCUGAAGAAGCUUGUGAAAAGAGUCUCGUCACGUAUUUUGAAUCCAAAUGAUCAAAAGGAAGUUAGUCUUACGAAAGACGAAGUGGAGAGUAAAAUUGUGAGAAAAGUCAAUAAAAGUCAGUCUAUGAAACUUUCAGAUGACGGUAAACGGGUUGAACUUUGCUCAUGAAUUUGUGUAUAUAUUUUCCAUAUAAUAAAAGAUAUAUUUAUUCCA